CUAUAACACAUUACUUUGGAUUUCGCUUAACUACACAUCGAUUGUUAAGUAACACUGCAGUCAUUGAGGUGAUCGUUUAAAUUAUAUUAAAUAUAUAAUUAGUAUGUAGUGUUCUAAAAAUACGCGAAGACAAAUAUUAUCAAGCAGCAUAACGCAGACGACAUGUUGUAAAGAGGUAAAUGCUGGACAAAAUGGAGGGAGAAAGAUCAAGAUGGAGGGAUAAAGAUCAAGAUACUAUCAACAGGGCGGUAAAUAGUCUGCCGUCUAUGCCGGCAUUUCCUAAGGAAUUAGGCACAAAGAACAAGGUACGUGUUCCAAGUUCGAAACUCAAUCUUGGUGCUAGGAGAGUUUGUAUCAAUGUGGAUCCACCGAGACGGUCAGACAACAGACGGGGUCAACCUAUUGUGACAAACAUGCUGAUUCAAGAGCACUUCCCAGCAUUGUCUAUCCGGUUAUCAGAUCUGCUGGAUGAGAUUGGGGCUGGAAAAUGCACUGUAAUGGAGCGGAGAAAAACAUAUUUGCGUAGAGAGAAAAUGAAGAUUAUAUCUGGAAAACUAUUACGAGACGCCUUUACUACAUUUUUCCAUUUCGGGAGCCAAUCUGAAGGCACCACCAUUCCCGGUCUCAAUUCUGAUAUUGAUGCGCUAUAUAUUGAUAAACGUGUGAACAUCAUGACAGACUGGAGAAACUGGGAGGCUGGGAUGGAGAACCUUCUGAUGCUUCGUGACGAGAUCAAUCCACCUCAACAGUACUUGCUACAGGGUAUACACAAACACACAACGGAACCGAUGACCAGUAUUGACGAUGACAGGUUUGUAAGGAAAGAUUCUGGGGAAGUGCUGUUCAGCUCAGAAAGACAGAAACAGUCAUUAGAGCAGCGAGUAUCACAACUAGGAGAGGUAAUAAAAAAUGGACCUUCUGUGAGUCAUAUUCCUAACUGGGAUAUUGUACCGGCAUUUCAUGUAUCCAAACGUCUUCCUGAAAUACAGCAUUGGAUAGACAGAUGUAGAGGUAGACAUUGGCCCCCUGCCGAAUUACUGGAUGCUGCACGACGAUCUCCGGCUUUCCUGGUACCUGCAGGACAUCCAGACAGUGAUUACAAGCGAGAAGAAUGGCGCCUGUCUCCGAACCUUAUUGAACGAAUGUUGAUGUUUAGUUUGAAUAUGACACAAAUUAAAUGUUACAUUUGUCUAAAAUUAAUUAAAAAAUCCUUAUUUAAUGGAAUGGUUGGGGAGGUUAUCACAAGUUUUCAAUGUAAAACCUUAAUGUUCUACACCAUAGAAAGAACCCGCCCUUCUCUGUGGGAGGAACAUAACCUCAUGUUUCUACUUUUACUUUGUUUACACGUAUUAAGAAAAUGGCUGCGACUGGGCAGCUUUCCUCAUUAUAUCAUAGAAGGAGUAAACCUGUUCGAUGGGAAACUGUCUAUGGGGCAACAGAGACGCCUUUUACAGUACGUGAACUACUUGAUAAAGAACGACUUGCAAGAUUUAUUUCAUAUAGAUAUAGAUAAAUUAGGAUGUCGGUUACAAGCAUGUUGUAUACGGAGGAUCAGACAGGAUAGUGAGGGAGAACUGAGACCUGAGAGGUUACGUUACGGUAUCAGUUUAUUGCUGAAAUUCGAUUACUUGAACAGAUUUAUUAGCGAAUUAACACUUUUUAUAUAUCGGAUACAGAGUUCAAAUUCAAACUUCCAGCAAGGUCUACAAAAUAAAUUACGAGUUGUUGGUAAAGACACAACAAAUGGAAAAUUGACAACCGAUGAUUUCGACUUAAUUAAUCAACUGUUUGCAUUACAUAAUUCAGUGCAAUCAUCAACGUGUUCGAGACUACCAAACCCUGCUUUUAAAGAAAUUAUACGCCGCUUCCAAUAUUCUUUAAAAACGGAUGUCGCUUCUAGCCGCUUAAAGUUGGCCUCUCUCCUAUACUGCUUUGGACAUCUUCACGCGGCAAUUAGAGUGUUGAAUGAUGCGAAGAGGAGGUAUCAUAGCAAGGUCAAGUCUGUGUGUGGAGUUAGAAAAAAUAAAGGAGAAAGAGAUAUCCAUUUAUUUGCUAACAUGAUGCCAGAUAGUUGUGACAAUGUACUCAGUGAACCACCAUUCUCAUUCUGUGUCAGAUUUAUUAGACAAGAAGCGCACUGCGCCCCAUACAUAUUGUGGUUUGAAAUGUAUCGUGGUAUGACUGAGGAGGAAGUUGCACAGAGAAAAUACGAAGAUAAGUUAUGGAUGGACAACGCUGAGGUAUCUGCUCGUCCUUUCCUUUACUAUCUAGAGUAUCUCACGUAUGGAGGACUCGGUGAACGCAACGAACAGCUUCAUGCAUUUAGACUACUCGAGUCUUAUAUACUUGAUCCAAGAAAUGUAAUCACCGUGCAUCACCCUGAGACAGCGUUCAAUUUGAUUGGUCACUGUUAUGAAAUGGAAGGCGAUUAUCCCAAUGCGUUAGAUUACUACAAUCUAUCGUUGGGUUUAGAUAAUACGAACAAUGCUGCUAACUGGCACGUGCAACGUGUGCAGCGCCUCAUGAAUAAUUAAGAAUGAAUAUUGACAACUAUGAACUGUGUAAAUUGAUAGCUAGACGUAUCAGUUCAUAUACACUCUGUUUUAUCAGUACGGGGCGACACUUUAAGCUACGUUAUCCCAGAUCGUGGCUUAUUUAUUGUGUUCAACUUGAUGUACACAUAAACAACGCUAAAUUAUGUAUCAAACAUGUGCUUAGCAUUAAAGAAUAAAUAGAG